AUGGACAUGGACCUUAUCGUCCUCCCAUUGAGAUAUGUGUCGGAACUGCGCUCUAUCACGAACGACAAGUUGGACCCUCUCAUAGCAAGCUUCGACGACAAUGCGGGUCUUCCGAAAAUAAUUCCGAUGGUAAUCGAUGAGCUGAAAUUUGCCUUCGACAAAGUGUUACCUAAAAGUGAUGAUGGCGACUGGAUUUCUGCAAGUGUGUAUGACAUGGUGCUCGAAUUGUCAACUCGAGCAGCGGCCAGGGCCUUUGUCGGUGAGCCUAUUUGCCGUGACGAGACAUUUCUCGAGACUUCAGCCUCAUUCAGCCGCAAUACUUUUAACACAAUUGCCUCCUUUCGAAAUCUCGGCAGUACCAUCGGCUCCCUCUUCGGAGCCUUGGUGCCCAGUGUAUCUGACGCGCGCGAGCAGCUGGUCUAUGUACAGCAGCUCCUGGGCUCAGAAGUCGAACGGCGACGCGGGUGUCCCGAGGAGGCUCACGACGACUUUCUGGGCUGGUGCAUGGAAUUAGCUCGGACUGAGGAGGAGUCAAAGCCCGAGGCGUUGGCGCAUCGCACCCUCGGGAUCCUGAGCAUGGCUGUCGUCCACACCACUGCUAUGGCUACUACUCACAUGCUAUUUGACGUGAUCGCUAACCCUGCAUUGCGGGAAUCAUUGACAAAGGAGCAGGAAGAGGUCUUAUCAUUGGGUUGGGAAGAAGGAAUCGGCCAGAAGGCCAUGCUUGAAAUGCGCCGUUUGGACAGUCUAAUGAGAGAGUCGCAGCGGUUCAACCCAGUGGGAGAAUUUACCUUCCGACGCGUCGUUCGGGAGCCCAUCUCCCUUUCUGACGGCUACAAACUUCAGCCGGGGCAACAAAUUGGAGUAUUGGCGAGGAGGAUUAACAUGGACGAUAACACGAUUGACAACGCCCGGUCGUUUGAUCCCCUCCGCUGGGCGAAUCAGCAAGGCGCAUCUGCAUCGUUUGCACACAGUAGCGCGUCCAAUUUGCACUUUGGUCUUGGUCGAUACGCCUGCCCGGGACGAUUCUUCGCUUCAUACAUGAUCAAGGCAAUCACAAGUCGCCUACUGCUGGAUUUUGAUUUCAAACUGGAAGACGGAAACGGGUCAUUUCGUCCCCCGAACACGAUCCAAGGCGACAAGAUACUUCCCAACCGAGAUGCGAUGGUUCUCUUUCGACGCCGACGCCGCACGUAG